AUGGAGAAGCCUGCAAAUGACGGAAGUCAUUCAGAACUGAUUUCCCAUUUUAAAAGCAGACCAGAAAAAGAACAUUUACCACCGCACAUCAGGGAAAGUCAUCUCAGCUGUCUGAAGGAGGACAUCCUAAAUGAAAAGACUGAGUUGGAAGCAACACUUAAGGAAGCUGAGUUGGCAGCCUAUGCUGUAGAAUCACUUUUGCCAUGUAAGGACAACAUUGAAGAAAUUAAUUUUGAAAAUAGGGGGGGGGGGAGUGUCAUACAUAAAAAAGUGAAUUCAAAGUAUAGUAGUAUAUUCAAAAGGUUAUGGAAGGAACUUAAAAGGGACAGUUUAUCCAGCAUAUUAGAGGAGCUAACUGAUAGUGAAAGUGAAAAUACUGAUCUUAAAAAGAAGGUACUUGAACAGGAGACCUAUAUCUGAGAACUUUCUUGUUUGUUUCAGAAUGAAAAGGAAAAUGCUUUGAAAGCUAGCCGUUUUUCACAAUCAGUUAAAGUAGUUCAUGAACGACUACAGCUCCAAAUACAUAAAAAGGAAGCAGAAAAUGAUAAAUUAAAAGAAUACAUAAAGAGCUUAGAGACCAAGAUAGCCCAGUGGAACUUGCAAUUGAAAAAGAAUAAGCAUGAGACAGCAGCAAUGAAAGAAUCAAGUAGGCAAAAAGCUAUGGCCCUGAAAAAGGCAUCUAAAAUAUACAAACAAAGGCUUGAACAUUUUACUGGAGACAUUGAAAACCUUACUUCCCAGAUUAGAAACCAGGAAGUCAAGUUGUCUGAAGCAAUUUCAGCUUCCAAUGCCUGGAAAAGUCAUUAUGAGAAAGUUGUAAUAGAAAAAACCGAAUUGGAAGUUCAGAUCGAAACAAUGAAAAAGCAAAUCAAUAAUCUUUUGGAAGACCUGAAGAAAAUGGAGGACCAGGGAAAAAAUUCAUGUGAAGAAAUUCUUAGAAAACUUCACUCUAUUGAACAUGAAAGUGAAACUCUGAAUCUUGAGAAUACAAAAUUAAAGACUUCAUUUGCUGCUUUGAAGGACGAGGUUGUUUCCGUUGAAAAUGAACUCUCAGAAUUGCAAGAAGUAGAAAAACAACAGAAAAACCUUAUUGAAAUGUAUAAAACUCAGGUACAAAAAUUGCAAGAAGCAGCUGAAAUGGUGAAAAGCAGAUGUGAAAAUUUGCUAUGUGAAAAUAACAUAACAAAAAACAAAAAUAAAAAAUUAGAGAUGAAAAGAAAUUCCGUUGAAAAUGAACUCUCAGAAUUGCAAGAAGUAGAAAAACAACAGAAAAACCUUAUUGAAAUGUAUAAAACUCAGGUACAAAAAUUGCAAGAAGCAGCUGAAAUGGUGAAAAGCAGAUGUGAAAAUUUGCUAUGUGAAAAUAACAUAACAAAAAACAAAAAUAAAAAAUUAGAGAAGUUUGAUGGAAAUCAAAAUCUUCUGACAGAGCUUUCUCUGGAAGAGGAAAAUUAUCUUAUUCAGUUGAAGUGUGAAAACCUUACAAAAUUAGAACAGAUGGAUGCAGAAAAUAAAGAGCUUGAAAAGAAGCUGGAAAACCAAGAAGAAUGUCUUAAGCACAGCAAUCUUAAGUUUAAAGAGAAGUCUGCAGAAUAUACAGCAUUGGCUUGACAGCUGGAAGCUGCUUUAGAAGAAGGAAGACAAAAGGUUUCUGAAGAAAUAGAGAAAAUGUCAUCUAGAGAGAGGGCUUUACAAAUUAAAAUAUUAGAUCUGGAAACUGAACUUAGAAAGAAAAAUGAAGAACAAAAUCAACUUGUUUGCAAAAUAAACAGUAAAACACAAUAUCAGGAAGUAUGUUUGAAAGAA